AUGUCAUCCACCUUCUGCUUCCUCUUUAUCACGUUGAUGCGAGGGUUCGAGACGAAGCAUCCAGUAGUCGAGUGGACGAAUGUUAGGAAAGAUACCAAGAUUCCUGAUGGUGAUGAACUUAUGGAGAAGUUCCAGGAUCCAAGCCAGGCUGAUAAGACAUCAGGUACUAUCGACAUCUGUCAUUAG